AUGGAUGUGGCUGCAGAGGUCUCCAACUGUACGUGGGCUGGUGUUAACCAGAAGAAAGAUGUUUCCAUUACUCCGAUCAAGGACUGUUGGAACUUUUCUUACUUCGAGAAUAACUGUGAUUAUUUGCAGGGAAUAGAAGAAUUGAAAGAGCCUUCUCCUCAAGUGAAAAGGUGCGGGGUGCUCCAGUUUAAUUCCAACGGUUUGGAUACCUUGAGCGUAGGCGAAAUGUCGCAUGCAGGUGCAGGAUCAAAGGAUCGAGUGCAUCUAGUUGAGGAUAAUCUGUCAGAAUUAUCGAAUUGGACCUCUGGCUAUGGAGAGGGUACAUUAUCUGCAUCUCGUUACGGGAGUUUAGAUCAGUCAUCUGAAGUAUGGGUUGCUAGUUUGUUUUCUGAUGGCGAUACCCAAAUCAGCCCCAUUGAUGAGGUUUCUUCCAAUGAAGUUAGUGAAGCUGAAUGUUCAAACCAGCCAAGUGUGUCUGCAGUAAGCCACCGAAGAUGUUCUGUGAAGACUCACAGAAAUGGCCUCAAAGGCAAGAAUUCAUACAUGAAGACUCCAGUAAACUUAGCUUCUUCUGUUGCCUAUCCCUUUACCAUUGUGAAGCCUUGUGCUAUUCAUGGAGACAUGACUCUGGAGGACAUAAACAAGCGAAUACGCAACCCACGGCGACCUCUAAAGCAUAUUAAUGACGGUCCUGCUCCCUUUCCUACGUCAGCAUUCUCUGGAAAACCUGUGGUAGGCACGACAAUGAUUCGCACAGAAGGUGGAAAGGGCACAAUCACAGUUCUGAGAACUAGAGGAUGA